AUGUACACAUACAACAAAUUUGGGUCUCGUGCUUCUUCUUCUACUUCAAGUACAAACAAUACUACUUUAACUCAUACAUCAUCUAAAACCACUACUGAAUCAAAUGAAGGUAGACCUAUUAUCUCCAGAGUCAGCAAGCAAGUUGAUUAUUGCAACCGUUAUAUUCAUACUGGUCAAUCAGGGAUCAAAUAUAUUAGAAAUGUUAACAAUUCCGUUGAAGGGUAUCCCAAGUUGGCUAAAUUGCAUCACUUGAAAAGACUUCAAGUUAAAAAGCAUUCAUUGCAACCAUAUGGUGUAAGAUGUGCUACUAAUCAGAUUGUUCCAACUUUAAACCGUUGGAUUGAAAUUUAUAAUUUAAAGUUUGAUGUUAUAAUGAUUGGUGCUUUGGUUGAGAAUCAAUUUAUUUUACCCAUUUUAAACAGUAUACCAAUUCAUAGAUUAUGUUCAAAACCAGGAUUUCUUUUCAUUUGGUCAACUACUCAAAAAAUCCAAGAAUUAACCAAAUUGUUAAACAACGAAAACUUCAACAAGAGAUUCAGAAGAUCCGAAGAAUUGAUUUUCCUACCAAUUGAUAAGAAAUCGCCUUACUAUCCAAAAGGUGCUGAAGCUGGUAGUGAAACUAUACCUUUAUUUGAAAGACAACAAUGGCAUUGUUGGAUGUGCAUUACUGGUACUGUCAGAAGAUCAACCGAUAACUACUUGAUCCAUUGUAAUAUUGACACUGACUUACAAAUAGAAUCAACUACACCAACUUCUGCUACAAAAAAGAAAUCACCAAGUGGUGGAUUACCAGCUAAUAAUGCAGUACCAGAAGCUAUUUAUAGAGUUGCUGAGAAUUUUUCCAACGCAAAUAGAAGAUUGCAUUUAAUUCCAUCCAAAUUGGGAUUUGAUACCCCAGUUAGAUUACGUCCAGGGUGGGUUAUUAUGGGUCCAGAUGUUUUAAUCAAUAAUUUUGAUCCAAGUAAAUACAAUGAAGAAUUACAUGCUAAAUCAAUGAUCAAAUACAAACAAAACCCAAAUACUCAUGGUCACAGUCAUGGUAGUAACCACACUAUAGUAUCUACACAAUUCUUGGUUCCCCAAACUAAUGAAAUUGAAGAUUUAAGACCAAAAAGUCCUGUUAUUUCUGCAAAAUAG